CGAGCCACACGACGUCUCAUCAUGCAGUCCAGCAGCCUCUUCCCCCUCAUGCUUCUUGUCCUGGGAACCCUGGUGCCUUGGACUGUGGAAGGUGUUGGAAAUGCGUGGAAAGCUGGACUCUGCCCUUCUGUACCACCUGAUCGGUGCCUUUCUGGAUUUGAGAAAUUUGAGUGCCGGAGUGACUGGCAGUGUCCGGGGAGGCAGAUAUGUUGCUCUCAUGCUUGUGGAAUCAAAUGCUUGGAUCCCGUUAAUGUCUCCAACUCAAUUAGAAUGAAGCCUGGCAGGUGUCCGGUGGUCUAUGGCCAGUGUCUGAUGCUCAAUCCCCCCAAUCACUGUGAGACAGACCGCCAGUGCGUGUCUAACUUGAAGUGCUGUAAGGGCAUGUGUGGGAAAGCCUGUGUGGACCCUGAAUAAGCCUGAUACCUGCCAUUUGGAAGAGUCUCUGGAUUUCUACUCUGUGGUCUGGGAAUUCUGUUUUCUGCUCCCAGGCUUGGAUCACCGUGGUGGCAUUCCAUGGUGAAGGCUUGGUUUUACUACCAAUAUCUCCACUGGGGAAAGGCUUGGCACACUGUAGGCUUUCAGGAAAUGCCUGUUGAUUGAUGAAUAAAUAAAUGAGCACAUUUCUUUUGUCCACA